ACGGUUUAGUUCCUCGCCGCAAACAAAACUAGUCACAACAACGUGGAGCGGAAGCCAGCAGCCCCGAGUGAACCAGUUAAAAGCCAGAGAAAUAGUCUGAGGUAGACCUACACAGCAAAAAAGCGAUCACUUUCAACUCGAAAAAAAAAAGAGAGAGAGCGCGAGGCACCCAGAAAGCUUUUGAAGACAGGAGCAAGUUUUUCUGAGCCAAAGUGAACGUAGCUUUCGGCGAGUUGAAACCACACUCGAUUGAUUCAUUGCCACCGAGCCACUGAACCGCCUCGCAUUCCGCGAAUACCAAUAAAAAAUAAACAAAGUCUGCCGAAAAUGUUGCGAACCUUUGCCAUUCUGCUGCUGAUCGCAGUGGCGAUAAAUGCGAGAGCCGCUCCACAGAGAACCACCAUUUCGCCGGAUGAUGAAACCACCGAGGAGAUGGCGGAGCAGUCCACCUACAUGUCCGUGGAGGAGGGAACCAUCACGGUGGACGUCGAUGCGGAUGUGAUACUGACCACCAGUCCCGAGGGCGAAAGCUUCACCGAGGCCAGUCCCAUGGCCUUGACUGAGGAGCCACUUCCGGACUCGGUGUUGCAGCAGCUUGCGCUGGAGCGGGCCCAAGAGGAGCAGCUCAAGAAUCCCGAAAAGCUGGAGCUUAAGUCGGUAUCGGAAUCCGAUACUGAUACCCCAGUCACCACGGAGCCACCAAAUCCCAUGAAUACAACCAGCACUACCAAGCGCAGCUUUAAGUUUGGCGCAACCACACUGCCACCGAGUUUUGUAGCAACUACCAGUAGUCCAGAAACUAUCACCACUGUAAUGCCACUGGAGGGAUCAACCAGCCGUUUUUCCGAGACCGAAGAAACCACCGAAUAUGAGGCGGUUGUGACCAUGCGGAACUACUUCGAACGAGUGCCAGCAAAAAUGGAAGAGGUCGAUCUGGACAUGGCCGAGAACCGUAUGGAGACCACCACGAAUACACCACCACCCCAGGAGCCCAGGGAUCUGUCCAUGGUUGUGACCACCGAAGCCGCUUUGGCGGAGGAGAAUACGAAGUCCAGAAGUGAGGCAGAUCAGGAGGAGGAACCUAUGGAAACCACCGUGGUGCCGAUCUACCAGCUUUUCAAAAAUGCAGCUCCUAAAGUCACAGCACAGCAGCCUGAACUUACCACUGAGUUGCCAAAGACAAGUGAAGGAGUAACCACCACAGAGUCUGCGAUGGAGGAAACCACAGAAGUGCCGCUGGUCUCGCUGGUUUCAUCUACAGCAGCCCCCGAAACCAGCACAGAGGCUGUGGAAACCACUUCUCCAACUCCAAGCACCACCACGGCAACAACCACAACCACUGAGGCUGUUCUGCUGACCACCAAGGUGGAUAUGCUGCUCAAUGUUCAACCAGAGACGACCACGAGUGCUCCGGAGGAGACAACCACCAGUGCUCCAACCACAACGAGUACCACUGGUUAUCCAAGUACCACAAGUACUACUAGUACCACUAGCACCACUAGCACCACUCCAGCCACCACAACCACCACAACAACCACAACCACCACAACCACUACAGAGCGUCCCAUUCAGACGCGUGCUCCGCGGGUAGAGCGGAUCUUCAACUCGGACGGAGUGGAGGUGCUCUACGGCUACUCUUCGGUGGUGCGGACCAACCGCUCGUGAGUGGCUCGGGUGGCGGGGCCACCGAGAGGAACGCGACCUUGUCAAGGUCGGACAACUUGCCAUAAUGCGGAGACGUGGAGUGGGAGACAUUGAGCGAUUGAUGCUCGGUUUGUUUUAGGCAAUUUUCAAUUCUAAACGAGUUAUAAACAAAGAUAUUUAAAUUUCGUUCGACGGUCCCCAGCACAGUGUGAUAAACCAAAAAGCCAACGCUUCGUAAAAUGAUAUCGAUACAGAUACAAAUCCGCAAAGACGUGAAAACAAAUCAAAUAUAAUAUUGUGCAAAAUUGUGUACGGUCUGCCAAAUGACAAAAAUGAAGAGAGAAAUGCUGAAGACAAACGAUUUUAUAAAUUAUAAAUAAAACAUGAACACCCA